CGCUGGGUGCAUCGCACCGGUCGGGGCGUUCGGCGCGCCCUCGCUGCUGGGAGUGGCGGUGGCCGGGCUGGGCGCCGGCGGGGGCCAGCGGCGGCGGCGGCGGCGGCGGCGCGGCUGGAAAAUGCCCGUGCACUCCCGAGGGGACAAGAAGGAGACGAACCACCACGAUGAGAUGGAGGUGGACUACGCGGAGAACGAGGGCAGCAGCUCGGAGGACGAGGACACCGAGAGUUCGUCGGUGUCCGAGGAUGGCGACAGCUCAGAAAUGGAUGAUGAAGACUGUGAAAGAAGAAGAAUGGAAUGCUUGGAUGAAAUGUCUAACCUUGAGAAACAGUUUACCGAUCUCAAAGAUCAACUUUAUAAAGAACGAUUAAGUCAGGUGGAUGCAAAACUACAAGAAGUCAUAGCCGGAAAAGCACCUGAAUAUUUGGAACCACUGGCAACUUUGCAAGAGAAUAUGCAAAUUCGUACAAAGGUAGCAGGAAUUUAUAGAGAGCUCUGCUUAGAAUCUGUAAAGAACAAAUAUGAAUGUGAAAUACAAGCUUCUCGCCAGCAUUGUGAGAGUGAAAAGCUUUUGUUAUAUGAUACAGUCCAGAGUGAACUAGAGGAGAAGAUAAGAAGACUUGAAGAGGACAGACACAGUAUUGAUAUUACAUCUGAGCUAUGGAAUGAUGAACUUCAGUCAAGAAAAAAGAGAAAAGAUCCAUUCAGUCCUGACAAAAAGAAGCCCGUUGUUGUUUCAGGUCCAUAUAUAGUUUAUAUGCUACAAGAUCUUGAUAUUCUUGAAGACUGGACAACAAUUAGGAAGGCGAUGGCUACGUUGGGUCCACACAGAGUGAAAACAGAACCACCUGUGAAACUGGAAAAGCAUUUGCAUAGUGCUAGAUCUGAAGAGGGAAGAUUAUAUUAUGAUGGUGAAUGGUAUAUACGCGGACAAACAAUAUGUAUCGAUAAAAAAGAUGAAUGUCCUACAAGUGCUGUAAUUACAACAAUUAACCAUGAUGAAGUUUGGUUUAAGAGAACUGAUGGAAGCAAAUCUAAGCUUUACAUUUCACAGUUACAGAAAGGAAAAUACUCAAUUAAACAUUCGUAAUCAUGAUUUAAGUAUUAUCUAAGCCUACCAAGUAUGAUGUGCCAUGGGGGUGAAAAUGAAUUCAGUAACUUAAUAUUCUCAUCGAGUCAUGAGAGACGAUAUUUGUGGGUAAUACUUGAAGUAGAUCUCAUACUGGUAUGUUAUUAAAAGAUACGGUAAUAAAAGUUUAAUCAGGAUCAUACUUUUAUUCACCGAUAGGAUCAGUGGCAAAAGGCAUAUAUGGUAGGGAUUCCUUAUUAAAUUUUUUCUUUGUUUUUUAAAAACAUCUUGCAAGUCUUUUUUAUCUUUAGUGAUCUAUGUUGCUAAAUGGUUAUCUUUAUCUGCAAUAUUUUUUAUUUUCCAUAUCAAGUAUUUGUAAAUAAACCUGAUGAAAUGUUUCCUAUAAAUGGUUUGUACUAGUCCAUCUGUGUUAAAUCAGAACUGAAAUUUAAACAUAUAUGUGAGUAUGUAUAUAUGGCCUCAUCAGCUUAUUUAGAACUGAUGGCCUUACCUUACAAUCUUAUUUUAUCCCAAAUCAAGCUAUUGGGUUUGAAAGCUAAAAGGAGCACUUUUGUAGAGUAGCAGUUUUCCUUUUCCUUGUCCUUCAUUGUAUGGUGGUGACCUAUUUUUACAAAUUAUAUGUAAUGUUAAUUAGUAAAAUCAGUGUCAAGUUAUAACAUGCUUCUACAUGUAUUUCUUGUGAUUUUUUUUAAAGGGUCGUCGGCAUUUAAGCCUGGUAUUUAUGAUGCAGUAAGUGGUGAACAGUGACUGACAGUAUUGUGGUGCUUGCUCUACAUGUCUGAUUUUUUUUAAUGGAAACAGAUUUUUAGUGAGCAAUUUCCAGAGGUAAAACUAGGUUCUUAACCUAAUUUUAUUUCCAGGCAAAAUAGGAAGGAAUGAUUUCCUUGAGUCUAUCUCCAAAUUAAUUAUUAUUUUUUAAUCUUGGCAUUUUUACACUUUAAGGCCUCUUGGUGCAAUUUAGAAAGUUUGGCUUCUCUUCCCUUAGCUACAUUCAAAAUUUACUUCUAAACCCUCAGGAACAGUACAAAGUCUCAAAACCUUCAGUAUAGCAGCAUAGUUGGCUGUACUAUAUAAAAGGGUAUAACCAAAUCAAGUAUUCCUGGUGGUCUUGUGCACUUUAGUUUCUGUUAAAAUGAAACUUAAGAACGAAGAGAUCUACUUAUCAACACACCGGCAGGACUAUCUGCAUUAUUCCGUUUAUUUUUCUUACUAUUUUACCUCUGCAAAUCCCAUUUCGUGCAGAUCACUACUUCAUAGUUGCCAAAUGUUAAAAUGUUUAACUUCUGAAAUUCAUUAUCAACAAAGUUAAGUACUUUGUUCUGUUUCUGAUUAACUUCUGCAUAUGUACAUAAUGUCAUGAUUGGAUUGUAUUUGACAGAUUUAUGUAUACAAUUUCAUAAGCAUUUUUAAUAAGAUUUGUAUUUUUAAAUUUAGUAUAUAAUAAAAUAUGUGUUUCAGUGUCA